UGUUUUAAGUUGUUUAAUGAAAUAACCAGUAUUAAGGUACCUUCUCGAAUUUGUUAAUAAAUAAUUUCAAAAUGGUACUCGAUAUAAAAAAUUUAAAAUUGGAACAAAAAACUUUAUAUCAACCACCAUUAAAUGAAAUUGCUGAAGUGCUUAAUAAUGGUUUGAAGAAAAACUUUUCUACUGUUCAAGUUGAAGUUGUUGAUUGUCCAGAUUUAACGCAACAGCCAUUUACUUUAGCUUGCAAAGGCCUUGGAGGAAAGACAAGUUUGUUAGAAAUUGGAGGGCCACCAUAUCUAUUGCCAUUAGUUAAUAGAAACAAAGUUUAUGAAUUGAAUCAAAUACCAGCUGCAUUAGGUUUAGAUCCAGCUUUUAUUAUUGGAGCAGGUGCUGGACCUUUUCCUCAUGCUGGAGUCAAUUGUGAGGGAAUGAUGAAUUUAUGCAUUUGUAAAAAUAAAACAUUAAAUCAAACAAGAAUAGCGAAAGUCAAUGCUGAGGAUCCAUCUAAACACAUUUUGGAAACACUCCCUGAAUCGGAAACUCGAUGUGCUCUACUCGCUAAUCUGUUUUGUUCAAACGGCCAACCUGGAAAAGUGUUGAAAGUUCAUUGUAAGAAACGAACAGGAAAUGAUGAUUUUAUUGCAGCUAUACGGACAACACUUAUGGAAUUUUAUAAAGAAAAAAUUGUGGGAUUGGGUGGAACAUUUUUAUUAAAAGAAGGGAAAGCUAAACAGCACGUAAUGCCUGAUUUCUCAAAAACGCCUAUUACAUCCGACCAGGGUGUUAAUGAUUGGCUAAAAUUUUAUAAUAUGUCUGCACCACUCAUUGCUGUCGGAACUUUAGUGACUGGUGAAACUGAACUCGAUCUACGUGUCCAACAUUUUCAUAGUUUUAGUCACCACGGAGAAGGUGGACAUUAUCACAUCGAUACAACUCCAGAGACAGUGGAAUAUUUAGGUUAUUUUAACCUUGGUGAAAUUGUAUAUCGUUUAGAUCGACCAGAAGGUGGUCAUAAAAUUGGCCGUGAUUAAUAUUAUGUUUUGUAUUUAAAGAUUUGAAUCGUAAUGACAUUCCCAUUUCUAUACAAAUUAUCGUCUCAUAAUUAUGAUGUUAAAUGUUUCAGAGUUUAUAAAUAAAUAAUAAGUAACUGUUACAUAA